GGGGGAGGGUCAGAGCUGGGUAGAGUUUGGGAAAACUCCCUGCUAUAUUGUCAGCUGAGCAGAUAAUUGAAGGGUUUCUGUCUGACUAGCUGAAACUAGUUAGAGGAACACAAAGGAUUGGGAGAUAACAGGCUACAAGCAGCAACUGCUCUUGUAGUGCCAACUCAACUCUCCAAGUAACUCUGUCCUGCUUUAUACCCAGCUAGAGAAGAGUAGGAGAUAAGGAGACAGUGGGAAAACAAUCAACAAGUAAGGUAAGAAAGUCCAAUUUCUUGGGUACCAAGGGAAAUAUCUGGCACAUGUGGAACUGAGAUGAUCAAACCUGUCAGGACUUUAUCUCCGGAGACACCAAAGAGAUCAGACUCACUGUAUCCAAAUCCCUUGAUGAGUAGUUAUUAAGGUGGUUCUUGAACUAAUUGGAUCAAAUUGUAACUGAAACAUUGUAUCACUAUUUCUUGUACUGGAAUUUGUUUGCCAAAAGUGCCCCUUUUCUGGAGAGCCUUACCAUGGACAUAUUGAUCUAAAUGGUGGGAUUGUAUGUUUAAUCCAAAUGGAACAAUGGGGGUACUGUUGUCUCCAGACUGUGUGAACUAUUUUCCUUGAAAAUAAAUUUUUUAAAAGAGUGUAAGAUCCCACAGGGCACAUUUUUUUGUUUAAAUGUUCAAUAAGGGGGUGAUAAAGUGAGGGUCAUUAAAUGUCUGGGUUUUGAAAGAUCACACCAACCCAAGGGUCUUGACCUGCAAUUUACUACAUGAAAAACCAGCCCCCUAAUAAUUUGCUUAUCAGUUUACAGUUGUUGUUGGAGGUCAACUAUCUGAUGGAGAGGUCUCUGUAGACAUGGAAUGGGUGUUAUUGGAAGGGCCAUUAAGGUGAUAGGAGGAAGAGUUGGAUAGGAGAGGGAGGUCCAGCAUGAUUCAGAAAUAUUCUGAAAGAAAAGUUAGCACUAUACAUCCAAAAGAACCUGGGAAGCACUAGUGUUGAUUGAUGCUGGUAUUCCAUAAUCCCCUUGUUUGUAGCAUUAAAUUUCAGCUUUUUAUCUAAGUGCCACUAGUAUCUUUGGGCCAAGUACGCUAAAUGUUACCCUUUCAUUCAUCACGUACUCCUAAUACCAACAUAUACUCUAUGGAAUGAAACUGCUACAUAACUUUACUUUAGAAACAUCUAUAGGAUCUGAGAAUUCUUAUUAAUCUUGGAUUCUCAAUAUUCAGCCAUCUCAGCACGGUAAGUGAUUUCUUGAAAACCAAAGUUGUGUAUAUGUAUCCCUAAAAAUCAAACUGUUUAAUUGAAGGUCCAUUGGAUUGAUUGCUGUUCCUUAAGAACAUCUGCUUUUUUUCUUCAUUUUUAAAACCUAAUACAGGUGUACUGAAUGGAAGGCAAUGAGACAGAUUACAUCAAGUAAAAGUUACAUUUGUGUUAGGGUCCAUAUUGACAUCAAUACGAACUUUCUCAGGAGGUCAGUUUGGGGAGCUGAGAUUUUUUUUUGUCCAUGAUUUGGGGUGAACUGAGUUGAGGCAGCUGUCAAUGCAAUUUGUUUUAUGUUUGAGGUGCUGGGAGACCUGAAGGAUUUAAAACUGGAGUUGGGUGCAGGAUGGUGUUAGCAUGUGCCAAAGGUAGUGGUUAUUAGUUUUUAAAUUUGAAUGAUCUCAUCUUGCAUUGUUGCCAACUAGGGGUUUACUGAAUAAACCCAAAAUUGGCUCACAACCCUUUCUCUCAAGUUCCUGUGAUUUUUUAUUUUUUUUUUUGCAAAUCAGCAUCUUUCUUUCCAACUGGUAUCGGAUCACAACUCCCAUUAGUCGCCUUUACUCUCCGACAACAAGAAGACUGUCUGAUCUAAUAGAUUAUUUUUUUUACUUUGGAUUCUUUGAGAUUUUUUGCCAGUGAUGUAGUGAAAUCCCUCCUGUAAGAGGUGAUUUAACAUAAACUGAUUUAAAGUAAUUUCAAUGUGAAUUUAACAUUAUUGUCCAAAACAGAUGAAUUGGGGAUAUCGUUUUAGCUUGGCCAAUUUUGGUCUCAAAAUGUUAAAUCAAUUUUGAAUUCCCAACAAAUCACACUUUAGUGAUUAACCCUAACAGCAUAUCUUAUUGAGUGAGUGACUGGCUUGCCCCAAACAUGUGUUAGCAAUGACUACGAGCCAAAUAAUAUCUAAUGAUUGCCAUUUCCAACUAGGAGGUUCAAGAAACACGUACCUUCAAUUAUUGUAUUUUUUUCUGUUCCUAACCCUCUGCCAUCUACAGCUGUUCUACUUCUCUGUAUUUUGCUCAAUCUCCUUCACUCCAUUAGACUCCAUUAAACGCUCUCACGGGGCUAUUUAAAUAUUUAUACAGCUUUUAAUAUACUUUAUUUGACCAACAGCCAAAGCUCUCGACCUGCUGAAUGCCUAACUGCAUAGAUUCUUUUCUUUCUCCCCCCCCCCCCCUCUUUUUAAACAAAACAAUCCAGUAAAAGUUAAUUGGCCAAUUAAUAUGUAAUCCUGAAUUUAGCGAUGUUAACGUGACCUAAAAUUUAAGUUUUGAUCCCAAGUGUGUCUGCUAAAUCCGCAGAAGUUGUGGCUCUCAGCCAAAAAUAACAGUAACUUUCUAAGUUUUUAAACAAUUUGAGAUUUGUUCAUUUCUUAAUUAUUGUGAAAACAAAACAUUACCUCACAUCCCCGGCACCACAAAUGUGGGUUGUUUUAAAAGUCCAUUCUUUCAUUCUUUUUUUAGUUUGGGGUUGACCUUUAACCUCUGAUGUAUAGACGCCUUGAGCAACACAGCCUCCUCAGACACUUAAAGUUAACACACAGGGGAGUCGUUUAAUUUAUUGGUAAAACCGUAUUGUAGAAAAUGUUUCAUUUAUUUAUUUUACAUUUUAUUAAUGAAUUUUCAAGAAUGGCAGAACACGUACUGGUGAUGCUAAUAUGUCCUUCUGCAAAUCAUUCAGAAAAUCAAAGUCUAAACACCACACAAUAUUAUCAAAUAUGGCAAAAUAACCGAGCUCUGACUUUAGCUGAGGUUGAAUAAUUAGUCAAAUAAACCAUUGACACUCAAUGGGUUCUCCAGCCACCAGGACCACUUCAAUGUUUUGAAGUGGUCAUGGUGGUUGGACUUAGUAUGUGCAGCGGUUCAGCUUGAAACAAUGCACAUUCUGAGAUAUUUGUAAUUGUGUACAGGAAGGGUUAGUUGAACCCCUAGCAUAUGUGACAUUGGUUGCCCAGAACACUGUUCCCGGCUGCAUUAUGUCAAUUCUGUGCAUGAAUUAGGUCAAAAUCUAGAUCAGUAUAGUCACAGUCAAGGGCAGUCUGCUGACUGACAGGUGCAAAAGGCGGAGCUUAUAACAAUGAUUUGACAGAAAGCCAAGUAGGAGGUUCUCCAUUCCAGGAUAGAGAUAUCAUCACAAACAUAUAUUUGUUAACAGUAUGGAAUGUGUCAACAUGAUUUUAUAAAUUCUGGGAAGCGAACAAACAUUGCUAGUGAGAUACCACAACCACAGUCAAAGGCUGUCGAUGGUUGCACCACUUUGUAUAUAAUGCUUUACUGAAACCAUGCAGGAACUUUAAAUCAUAUCAAGCGGUUAUACUGUCAAAAACUGUAGAAAAUGGUGAAAAACAAUAUUGAAAACGUACAGAUCAGUCUGUGGAAUUAAGUCGUCACACAGAAAACACAACACAAACAUUCUGCAAUAUUUAAACCAAUAAUUGCUGGAGGGUAAAUUACUCCCACCUUUAUCAUAUCAUACACAUACAUCCUCUGCCGCCAGCCAUUCACUGUAACCUUUAUAUUGUACUAUAAUAUAUUAAAAUCUAUUCAUUUUGUGUUUUUUUUUUUUUUUUGGGUGUGCCUAAAGUCAAUCUGCCCGAGGGGCACCGGGAAUAGAAAGACAUUCAUAACAUGAAGCAAGCCUUUCUCACGCCAUUCUUAACUGAAUUAAUAAUACACGUUGCAGUUUAUAUUAAGUGAGCAGAUUCACAACUUUUAGUAACCCCGAUUUCAGUCCAACAUUCCACGUAGAAUAUAUGGUCACAUGUAGCAUACAUCCCAUCCUCACCACUUCCAGAAUAAUAACACAUCAUUAUUAGAAUUUCCAAUGAAAAGGCCGUCCCAGGUCAGAUCCAUUGUUUGUGGGUCCGACCCAUAAUGUGCGUGACGCGUAUUGUUUUUGCACAGUUACACUUUAUGCAAGAACUAGCCUUGCCCUGGCUCUCUCACCAAAUGGAAGAGGCUCGAAUGAAGUUUGAAGGUUGAAUAAAUUAAACGUAGGAUGAUAGAGCAAUAGUUUUUGAUGGCUUUCAGGUAACGUGUUCAAUGGUCAAUGUGGCACCGUCUCGUUUCUUUGCUCUGUGUGCUUUAGAGCUUGUCUUCAUCCUGUGUGUAUGUAUAUGUUUCCAGAAUCCAACACAUUUUAGUGCAUGUGGAACUUCCUUUUAUUGAAAGCUACUCCUAAUUAUUAUUAUUAGGAAUAAUUAUAUUCCUAAUAUGUUGUCUGCUGUUGGUGUCUUCUGUAUAUCCGACUGUCUUUCAUUUGGAUACACGGCCUCCUAUUAUGUUGCGAUGGUCUUUGUCUGGUUGUUUUUGUUACCAGUUAAUAUAUUGCUUUUCACUGCAGGAAUUAGUGUCUGUUAAAACCUAUAAAUCCAGGUCAGGGGCCUAAAUGGUAAUCUCCCCUUAGGGGGCAGCACCAUGCUGAGUCCUGUGGCUGGAAUGUGCCUGGGGCCCGUAGUAUAUCUCUGUAUCAGGGGCAGACAGAUGUGCAGAAGAUUCACAGUGCGACUCAUAACAUUCCAAUAGGUAUACGCUGUUCUGCAUUCUUAAUUGGGAAAUAGUUCUAGUGAUCAGAUACCGUCUUAGGGAAUCAGAGAGAGUUCAAGAAGACUGGUGUUAAUAUUGCCCCAUAACAUCAGCUGGCAGCACUUUUCUCUAUAAUGGAAUGGGGUGGGUGGAAUCCUAAAACCUUUGACUUUUUUUAUUUGCUUUUAAUGAUCUUACUUCCAAAUAAUUUUAUAAAUAGGUUUCCAUAAGGCAGGGAAGGGCAGUGAUAAAAUGCAGCCUCUGGGUUAAUUAUAGAAGGGGGUAUUUAGAGAUGAAGAAAGCCCUGCUGUACUAGUGAGCUUACAAUCUAUGAGGGUUUGAGGAAGGCAGAUUUGUCAUCAGGCAAUGUGCUCUAACCUGCUUAUCGGUUGUAUAGCAUGGUAAUGGGAACAGCACAGAUGGCAUGGUUGGGUAAUAUGCUUUAUGUAGGGCUGAUAUAACGGUAGUAAGAAUAGUGACGUUAAUGGGAAUGGAAUCUUCGUUCUUUGUUUUGUAGGUUUUAUAAUCGUAGAGAAGGAGGUGUAGAUGGUAAACAUUUAUUACUGUUUGAAGAGGAUAUUGGGUGAGAUUGUGAGUGGGGGGUAGUGGCUGUGAAUGGGGUGGAAUGCCCUUUGUCAGGGAGAUUUGAUGGUAGUAACAGUGGAGUACAGGGUAUCAUUUCUCUGCACAGGACGGUCUUUUGAAAAGGGGCUUAUUUUGAGAUUCUUUUGGAUUGUUUCAGGAAUCCAUAGCAGCAGAACCAGCAGGGGUCUUCCAGUGUUUGGAGCAGGGGGCUCCAAUGCUGGCAACAAUCCUUUAUGGCUAUAUUGUCCGAGGAUACUGCAGAGUUAUAUUUCUAUUACACCCCUUGUUACUUUGCAUCUCAUGGACUUUUUUGGUUUUGGGAGCUUAAUUAAAGUGAGGAAUUCUUGUUUUUUGGUUGUUUUUUUUUAUAAAUCUGUUUGAUUUGCACUUAGUCAAGGGUGUUUUUUUUUGUUUUUUUAUGUUUUUGCAAGCAGCCCCCCCACAGAGUAAUUAAUAGCUAAGUGCUACAGGGGAUCCUUUGGAUUCUAAGAUUCUGGACCAGGCUCCUAGGACCUACUCUAUAACUUGGUCUAUCUAUCCCUGUUUCGUUACAUAUCGUAGAAUACGCUAAUCACUGUGAUGUUUUCUGCAAAAUGUCUUGACGAGCUGUAAAUAAAGGCUAAUAUGAAUUUUAAAAGAUGAGAGGCAGAUUUUGCAUUGUUAAAAUAAUUAAUAUCAAUUAACAAACCAUGUGUUUUUAGCUAACGAGGUGAUGGAGGAUAAAUCUAGCUGUGAGUUUUGUGGGGUUUUUUGUAUCAGUCAUGCAGUUAGUUAUCUGAAUUAUGUUUGUUUUUAUAAUGUAUUUAUUAUAAACUCUCACUCUUUAUUUUGUCCUAUUUGCGUUGCUGUGUUAAUAGUGUUGUUGUUGUUGUUGUUUUCUCACAGGAUGGAAUUGCGAGCUUUUUGUGUCAUUGUGUUGGUUGCCUUCCUUGCUGUGAGUUCCCAGGCAGCCAAAACCAAGAAAGGUGAUAUACUUCCCCCUAAUUUGUGUGUGCUCCAUGCCUCUCUCUUUGUCCUUCCUUUUGCUGUUGUGAUUACCUGUCGGCCUCAUUCUCUGACUCCCACAUUUGCAGUUUUAUUCACCGUUCUUUUUUCUUCUCUCAUUUGUCUGUCCUAUCCAUUGCAUAUUACCUGGAUUUUUUUUUUUAUUAGUAGUAUGUUGAUGAGAAUUAAAAAAAAAAAAUGGCAAAUCCAAAUGUGGCAGAAUAUACAGGUCAAUUGUCAAUUCUCUCCCAUUGCUCCCAUUCUCCUGUCUGCUUUGGUCACUGGUUCUCUUUCUGUCCAAAACUUCCAGUUUGUCUGUUCUCUAUCUCUUCAUACGCUUUUGAUGUCAUGUCUGUCUUGUCUGCUGCAGUGUUUCCUCUGACCCACCAAUUUCACCAUGUCCCAUCCCCGCCCUGUUGUAUGCCUCAUCUUUCAUUAUCGCAAGUCCGAUGUCCACUCCCCACCACUGAAUUUGAUGACCCAUUUGUAUUUUAUUCACUCACCAUGUCCUUCCUUGCAACAGAUAAGGGCAAGAAGGCUGCAUCGGACUGCGCAGAGUGGAAGUGGGGAAGUUGUGUCCCUAAUAACAAAGACUGCGGCAUUGGAACUCGGGAUGGGACAUGCAAAGAGGAGACUCGUAAACUUAAGUGCAAGAUUCCAUGCAACUGGAAGAAAGCAUUUGGAGGUAAAUAUGUGCAGUCUGCAGUUUAAAAAAUAAAAAUAACUCAAUACAUAUAUUUGGGGGAACAGAAUGACAAAUUGAUUUUACAGUGCUAGAAUCGGAUAAUAGGCUGUUCUAAGACUACAAUUUGAAUCUUGAUGGCAGAAGAGAGAUAAUGGCCAGAAAGGAAUUGAGAGGAGAGCUAGUGUUGCCAAUCCAUCUAGUGUAAUAAUGACGAUCGGUCUGACUACAAAGUACAACAAUGGAGCAAUGUUCCAAAAGGGACCAAGACAGAGUUCCACUUUUAGAUCUUUACUACCGAAUUGCUCCUUGCUGUAACCAUCAGAGUUUUCAAGUGAACUCCAUUUACAAAUAACCUUGGUAAUUAACAAAGGUAAAGAGUUACUUCAACCCCAUGACCAUGUCUGUUUUUAGAAGUGGUUCUAGUGGUAGGAAUCUGUGUGUGCAGCUUGUCUGCAUGAAGCUCUAUGAGAAGUAUUGAUUGAACCAUGGAGGGGGAAGGAGUGACAUCAGACAGUUGUGGAAACCAGUGACCACGAGGUGAGCUUCACCUGGUGCUGGACCAGUGAGCCAAGCUUCACCUGGUGCUGGACCGGCAAGGAGAGCUUCACCUGGAGCUGUAUCUGUGAGGCGAGCUUCACCCGGAGCUGGACCGCCGAGUCGAUCUUUACCUGGAGCUGGACGGCCGAGUCAAUCUUUACCCGGAGCUGGACCGCCGAGGCGAGCUUUACCCGGAGCUGGACCGCCGAGGCGAGCUUCACCCGGCGCUGGACCGCCGAGGCGAGCUUCACCCGGCGCUGGACCGCUGAGUCAAGCUUCACCCGGUGCUGGACCGUCGAGUCGAGCUUCACCCGGCGCUGGACUGCCAAGUCGAGCUUCAUUCGGCGCUGGACAGUCGACUCGAGAUGCACCUGGCGCUUGACCGCCGCGACGAGCUUUGUUGUGCUUCACCUGGCACUUGACCAGCGCGACAAGCUUAGUUGUGCUUCACCUAGGGCUGGACCUGCAAGUCGAGCUUCACCUGGGGCUGGACCUGCAAGUCGAGCUUCACCUGGGGCUGGACCUGCAAGUCGAGCUUCACCUGGCACUGGAUUGAAAAGGAGAGCUUCACCUGGGGCUGGAGCGGCGAGUCGAGCUUCACCUGGGGCUGGAGCGGCGAGUCGAGAUUCACCUGGGACUGGAGCAGGGAGUCGAGCUUCACCUGGCACUGGACCACCGAGUCGAGCUUCACCUGGCGCUGGACCGGCGAGUCGAGCUUCGCCCGGCGCUGUGUUGCUGAGGAGAGUUUUACCCGACGCUGGACUGACGAGGCGAGCUUCACCUGGAGCUGGACCAGCGAGUCGAGCUUCACCCGGCCCUGGACCGUCGAGUCGAGCUUCACCUGGCACUGGACCACCGAGUCGAGCUUCACCUGGCGCUGGACCGGCGAGUCGAGCUUCGCCCGGCGCUGUAUUGCUGAGGAGAGUUUUACCCGACGCUGGACCAACGAGGCGAGCUUCACCUGGAGCUGGACCGGCGAGUCGAGCUUCACCUGGCGCUGGACCAGCGAGUCGAGCUUCGCCCGGCGCUGUAUUGCUGAGGAGAGUUUCACCCGACGCUGGACCGCCGAGGCGAGCUUCACCUGGCACUGGCGAGCUUUAUAUGCCGCUGGAUACUCCUUCUAUUACAGGGAUUUUAUUGUUUUAAUUAAAUGCAGUGAGCAAGUGGGACAUUAUAACUAUAUGCCUUCUGGGUUCUUCCACAUAGAGCUUUGUCAUUUUAUGUAUUCACACAUAUUGCUUAUGAAAACAUGGUUCAAACAAACAUGUUCUUAAUCUUGAAGGUUUUUAUGGUAUUCUCACAUAUAUAAAGGCAGACAAUAUUACUGCCCUCCUGACAAACACACAGGUGCUGAACGUAAGAUGUAUUGAUAUCGAGCCAGAGUAGCCCAGUCAGGCUUUCUACCGCCCGGUGGAAGAGUAGAUUUUCUAACCCUCUGUUAUUCUGUGUUAUUCCACAGCUGACUGCAAGUACAAGUUUGAGAGCUGGGGAGAAUGCAACACCGAAACUGGGGUGAAAAUCCGGACUGGAAUCCUGAAGAAGGCUAUGUACAACGCUGAAUGCCAGCAAACCGUGGAGGCCAGCAAGCCCUGUGCAUCUAAAACAAAGUCUAAAUCCAAAGGUGAGAACCUAAUGUUGGUAUUCCUUUACACAAGUACAUAGAAUAUACAGGUACAUACACGUAUGUAGGGAAUAUUGCACCCUUUUAUAUAGGUGUAUAUGUACACGUACAUAGGGCUAGUGUGUCCACGUGUAGGUAUAUUCAGAUACAUAGGGCUAGUGUGUCCAUGUGUAGGUAUAUACAGAUACAUAGGGCUAGUGUGUCCAUGUGUAGAUAUAUACAGAUACAUAGGGAUAGUGUGUCCAUGUGUAGGUAUAUAAAGAUACAUAGGGCUAGUGUGUCCAUGUGUAGGUAUAUAAAGAUACAUAGGGCUAGUGUGUCCACGUGUAGGUAUAUUCAGAUACAUAGGGAUAGUUUGUCCAUGUGUAGGUAUAUACAGAUACAUAGGGCUAGUAUGUCGAUGUGUAGGUAUAUACAGGAAUAUGAACGGACUUUCUCCUUGUAAAGAGGAAUGUGACAUUACUAUGUUGAGGCAGCGUGUCCUCGUAUAGGUGUAUACCAGUUGAUGUAUACAGACAUGUUGAGAUAUAUUGUCAUUCACACCACUUUAAUGAACUCAAAGUUAUUUAAUAUCCAGAGAGCUGCUUCCUAUGAACUCGUGGGGUUUUCGAUUUAUUCCAGUUAGAUAAAACCAGCCCGCAGCCCCAACCAGUGAUAGAAAAUAAGAAUCCCUGGUGUGAAGUGUAUCUACGAGGGUUUUGCUGACCUUAUGUAGAGCUAUAUGGUCUUCCUUCCCAGUGAAUAUUAAAAGGGGUAUUCACAAAUGUUCGAAUUGUCAGAAAGUCAAAGUAAAUUUAGCUAAACUGAAAACAUUGUUGGUAUUUUUUUUUAUUUUGGCCUAUAAUGAGAAGUUCAAUUUGAAUUCAAAAUUCUCUCUUGAUAGGAAGACUCUGGUUACGAUUGGGAUGAAGUUAUGAUGCCAGGAGGUCCCCAGCACUAGCAUACCGUUAGGGAUUGAACCAUUCAUGAAGUGCAGUAUCUAGCACUCAGUCCUUCCACUGCUCAUAUUAUUGAAAGAGGAAACCUCGGACAGGGACGACGCUGAUUGACUUAGUCUUAGAAUGUCACCACCCCUGUACAAGGCUCCCCUUCUUCAAGAAUUUGAACAGCCCUAGGACAGGGGGCAGAUUGAUCGCAUGCUGGAUAUUGGAAUAUGGGGUUAAUCGUUUCCUGAAUGGUUCAACCUCUAAAGCUAAGCCGGCAUCAGGGACUUCAUGGAGAUUGUUAUUAUGGUGCCCAGAGUGUUCAUUUAAUGAAUAACUCUUGUAAACAUGAUAGAAGAUCACUCUCAGAUUACCAAACAUAUAGCGAUAGGAAAUCAAGACACAAGUAAAACUCUUUAUUUUGUAAUUCCGUGACAAAGUGACAAACUUUUGGUGACCGCAAAAGAGGUCUGUUUUGUAGGGUCAGCCAAAAAGGAGCCAUUUAAUAGCUCUCUCAUGGCAAUUCAAUUUUAGUUCCAUGGAGCUAUAUCGAAGAAGUGCUAAUAAUUCUGUUCAUCUUUUCAGGCAAGAAGGGUAAAGGGAAGGAGUAAAAGGUGACUCUGACGCCCCCUGGAAGAUGUCAUGAGACCUGCACUCUCCCUGCAAGAGUGAUGGAAUCACUGUCUCCCCUUUACAACCUCUCCAAUGUGCACUCUCGCCUGCCCUGUUUCUCUCAUCUCCUCCCAAUUCCUGAUCCUCCUGAAACUUAUAUUUUUAAUCACUAAUGAUUUCUAUUGUUUUUUUAUGUUUUUGUUGUUUGUUUAUUUUUUGAGAAAAAUAAAAGGAAUCUUAGAAAAAAAGCAAGUGCCCCCCCCCCCACUUUUGAUCCAGCUUAAAAAAAAAAACUGUGCUGCCCUAAACCUUUUAUAACUUCAGCCUACUGCUGUUUACAGGUACUUCCCAGUCUGUCUAUCCGCUUUGUAUCAUGUAUGCUCAUCCCUUUAAUAGCUGCUGUCCGCCUUAUCUCUCUUCACCCCCACAACAUGUAAAAACGUCAUACUUAAUGUGGCUUCUCGUUUCUCUACUCUUAGAAAGAUUCCUUUUUGGGUUUGCAUUUUUUUUAAAAUAAAUGUACAGUUUUGAAUUUGUAGUGUAGUGUUUGCUUUUUUUGUCUUUCUGAACUAUACUGAUUACGAUUCCAUGUAUCUCCAACUUUCAAGUAAAAUGUCUUCUCUGG